CGGUGCAUGUCGCUGUGUGAGAGCUAGGGUCGAGGAUGCAGAGUUAAAAUGUCAUUUGUUUGCUGUUUUUAACUUUCUGUGAUUCUUGUGUUACAGUCCAGCGGCCUUUAGGCCCCAUAGCAUCCUAACUACUAAGCUAGCCUAAAUAGCGUUUGGUUUCACUCCUUAGCUUUGCUGUUAGCAAGGCGGCUCACAAACAGGAUUGUGGCGCUCCUGCUAACAUUAGCCGCUAGCUACGGGUCUGGUUUUGGCUUUGAUAGGCAAUGCAAAUGUAGAAACAUUGGCAAAUUUACCAUCGUUACAACAUUAACAACACACGAGUAGUGCAUGUUAAUUUUCCGCCCAUACUCCGGUUGGUUGUAGAGUACCCGCGCACUCUGUUAGCCCCAAAUCUUAACUCUGGAGAUCUAUUUUAAAAGAAAAAAUUUUAAAAUAAGGCUUUGUCAAAAGACCUGAUUCUAUUUACUGAUGCUGUGAACAAUGUCUGGACAAGUGCUGGAUGAAAUAGUACAAAUAACAGUGGAGGAGUUUAACCAGGAUGGCCGUAGUGAUUUGCUGGACAGUACUGAAGACGGUGAAGAAAGGACACAGAAGAAAAAGAGGAAACUAAGCAGCAGUCAGGACAACAACAACAGUAAUCAAGAACUAUCUUUUAUUAAGAAUCUUCUGGUUUCAUUCACUGAGUCGAUUAGCCAGCGCCUGGAAGGAAUUGAGUCAAAGCUACAGUCCUUAGACGCAACGUGCAAAGUCCUUGUCCGCAAACUUGACAGCAUGGCUCCCUGUGCAAAGAGCCCCGUACAAGUUCCUAUGGUUGCAGGUUCUCCUCAGGGCGCCACUCAAACUUGGAACAAAGUUCGAUGCGUUGUCCCACAAACAAAUGUGAUUGUUAGCAGAGAACACACAAAGGGAUUAAACCAGGAAGACACUCCUCUUGAAAAUCUGCUCAGCAACACAGUGGCCAGGAGGCGACAGAAUACCAUUCUGGUUAAAGUGCCGGGUGCUGAAGAGAGUCAAGAGGAACAAGAGAGCGGCUCAGAGGCCAGUGACUCUGUUUCCAACAGUGGUCAGUCAGGCGGUGCACAAAAUGGUCAAAAUGUCACACUCAUCACACUCAAUGCAGAAGAAGAUUAUCCAGAAGGCACUUGGUUGGGAGAUGAAAACAACUCAGAGAUGCGGGUUCGCUGUCCAAUUUCUCCGUCUGACAUGCUUUAUAUCAGCACAAACUGCCGCACGGCAGAGAAAAUGGCUCUGACACUGCUGGACUACCUAUUCCACCGGGAGGUCCAGGCAAUGUCAAAUCUCUCCGGGCAAGGGAAACAUGGAAAGAAGCAACUAGACCCUCUUAUGAUCUAUGGCAUCCGAUGCCACUUGUUCCACAAAUUUGGCAUCUCUGAAUCAGACUGGUACCGGAUCAAGCAAAGCAUUGAUUCAAAGUGUCGUACCGCCUGGAGACGCAAGCAGCGGGGCCAGAGCCUGGCAGUGAAGAGCUUUUCCAAACGCACUCCACGCAGUACGGUGGCAGAGGAAGGCAUCUCAGAUGAAGCUGCUCAAAUAGAGACCGCCACCCAACAGACCCUGCAUUACACACUGGCCAAUCAACAGGUCCAGUUCCAUCGUAUUGGUGAGGAUGGACAGGUUCAGGUGAUUCCACAGGGACAGCUGCACAUCGCCCAGGUGCCACAAGGCGAAGAGGUGCAGAUCACACAGGACAGUGAGGCAAGUUUUUAUCAGUGCUCGUCUGAUAGAAGUCAAACAACAUCGGACCAAUUUUCCAAACUCGUUUUGUCUGUUAAAUGAUACAAGCACCUCAUCACUGUUUCUUUUUUCAACCCACUCAUAUCUGUUACACCUCAUUCAUGUUUGAGAGGCUGGUUGGAAAUAAAGUUAAUGAUAUCUACAGCUGCCACAUUUUAGAAGCCAGAUUCUUGAGAGUUUGUUAUGGAACUGACUUACAGUAUCCAACUGACUUUUCUGUUUUUGACUAUCUUGUUUUUUUUAUUUAUUUAAGAAAUGUCCUUUUCUUUUUAUGGAAGAUAAAUAUUAAACCCUUCAAGAACUUUGGACAAAUUAUUUUCCCAUAGACAUAGCGCUUCAGUUAUAGAAAUAGCGGGGUUAGACAUUAAUGGUUGUAUAUAGAGUUAUAUGUUGUCAGUGUUGUCCCAUGAAAAGAUAUACUUAAAUACUUGCAGGAAUGUGAGGGGUGUACUCACUUUUGUGAUGCACUGUAAUCUGCCAAUUGCAUUAAAACCUUUUUU